UUUUUAAUUGUCAUGCAACGGAAGUUCUUAACGCUGAAAUGCUUUAUCAUUUUUGUUAGCAAUCAAAUACUUCGUAUUAAACAUAAACAUUGACCUACAAUCUAGAAGAUCUAGAUCUACUUCAGUUUUAAAAUGACUGCUUUAUCUAUAACAUCAGCAGCUGGUGUUAUGUCUUUAUUAGAUGAGCCAGAGCCUCAUUUAAAAACAUUUGCCUUAAACAAAUUGGACAGCAUUGUAGAUGUUUUUUGGGCUGAGAUAUCUGAGAAUGUAGGCAAACUAGAAGUACUAUAUGAGGACACUACUUUCAGGUCAAAAGAGCUUGCUGCUCUGGUGGCAUCCAAAGUUUACUAUCAUCUUGGAGCUUAUGAGGAAUCUGUCAAUUUUGCACUUGGAGCAGGUCCACUCUUUAAUGUAAAUGACACUUCAGAGUUUGUUGAAACAAUCAUUGCCAAAUGCAUUGACCAGUAUACGAAACUUAGAGUCCAUAAUGCUGAGAUAUCUAGUGACUCAGAUAGGACAGCCAUUGACCCAAAGCUAGAGGAAGUUGUCAACAGAAUGUUUCAGCGUUGUCUUGAUGAUAGACAGUACAAGCAAGCAGUUGGCAUAGCUCUAGAGACCAGAAGGAUCGACAUCUUUGAGAAAGCUAUUAAGAAUGCUGAUGAUGUACAAGGAAUGCUGUCAUAUGCUUUCAAAGUUUGCAUGUCCUUAAUUCAGAGUCGCCAUUUCCGUAAUACAAUUUUGAGAGUUUUGACCAACCUGUAUAUGGGCCUUGGGACACCAGAUUAUAUAAAUGUUUGCCAGUGUUAUAUUUUUCUUGAUGAUGCUCAGUCAGUUGCAGAUAUUCUUGUUCAGUUGACCAAAGGCAAUGAAGACUCUGUACUGAUGGCCUACCAAAUAGGCUUUGAUUUAUAUGAGAGUGCCACUCAACAAUUUCUUCAGCGUGUACAGGCAGCUUUGAGAGUGGCUGCCCCAGCACCUAUCACUGCUCCAGCAUCCAUGAAUACCAAAAAGCCUGCUAUAAGUGAGGCUGACAAAGAGGUUGCUAUGGAAACAGAUGAUGCUGAACCAAAGCCUCCAGCUAAGGAAAACAUCAACCUGAGUGAGGAUGAAAAAAAGCAGCAGGAGCGCAUUGAGCGCUUGCACACUAUCCUUGGAGGGGAAACUAGUAUAUUCCUUCGUCUGCAGUUUUUAAUUAAGAAUAACAAAACAGACAUGUUGAUAUUGAAAAACACAAAAGAUGGUGUCAGAAACUCAGUGUGCCAUACUGCAACAGUGAUUGCCAACUCUUUCAUGCACUGUGGAACAACUUCUGACCAGUUUCUCAGGGACAACCUUGAAUGGUUGUCAAGGGCUACAAAUUGGGCCAAGUUCACAGCUACCGCUAGUCUAGGUGUCAUUCACAAAGGUCAUGAAAGGGAGGCUCUCAACCUUAUGUCUCAGUAUCUACCUAAAGAUAUGGGACCUGGAUCUUCCUAUUCAGAGGGUGGUGGCUUGUAUGCUUUAGGCCUUAUUCAUGCCAAUCAUGGUGGGGAGAUCACAGACUAUCUUUUAAAUCAACUGAAAGAAGCUUCCACAGAUAUGGUUAGACAUGGAGGAUGUCUUGGUUUGGGUCUUGCUGCUAUGGGCUCUGCAAGACAGGAUAUAUAUGAGCAGCUGAAAUUUAAUUUGUUUCAAGAUGAUGCCAUCACAGGAGAAGCAGCAGGGCUUGCCAUGGGCUUGGUUAUGCUGGGUACCAAAUCACAGGUGGUUAUUCAAGACAUGGUUCAGUAUGCCCAGGAAACACAGCAUGAAAAAAUUCUCAGAGGCUUAGCAGUUGGUAUUUCUCUUACUAUGUAUGGUCGUCUAGAGGAGGCUGAUGCUCUGGUUGAGACCCUGAUGAGGGACAAAGAUCCAAUCCUUCGUUGGUCUGGCAUGUACACUCUGGCUAUGGCCUAUUGUGGAACUGGAAACAAUCAAGCCAUUCGCAGACUUCUCCAUGUGGCUGUCAGUGAUGUAAAUGAUGAUGUUCGUAGGGUUGCAGUUACAUGCCUUGGCUUCCUUCUCUAUAGAACACCAGAGCAGUGUCCAAGUGUGGUGUCACUUCUGUCAGAAAGUUACAAUCCCCAUGUUCGUUUUGGUGCAGCUAUGGCUCUAGGUAUUGCCUGUGCUGGUACUGGCCUGAAAGAUGCUAUCUCGCUAUUGGAGCCUAUGACCAAUGACCCUAUCAAUUAUGUACGUCAAGGUGCCCUCAUUUCCUCUGCACUUAUCCUAGUGCAGCAAAAUGAAACAACAUGUCCCAAGGUCACUCACUUUAGACAACUCUAUGCCAAAGUCAUUGGAGACAAGCAUGAAGAUGUGAUGGCCAAGUUUGGAUCCAUCCUGGCACAAGGAAUCAUUGAUGCAGGAGGUCGCAAUUGCACUAUUUCUCUGCUGUCUCGUACUGGUCACACCAACAUGGAAGCUGUGGUUGGAAUGCUGGUGUUUUGUCAGCACUGGUUCUGGUACCCUUUAACUCACUUUUUGUCAUUGGCCUUUAAGCCUGCCUGCAUUAUAGGACUCAACAUUGACCUGAAAAUGCCUAAAGUGGAGUUCAAAUCAAAUGCUAAGCCUUCUACCUAUGCCUACCCGCCCGUCUUAGAAGAGAAAAAGGACAAAGCCAAAGAAAAGGUGGAGACUGCAGUUCUUUCAAUUACUGCUAAACAAAAGAAAAAAGACCUGGAGAAGAAAAAAGAUUCUCAAACAAAUGUUGAGUCCAUGGAAGUUGAUGAGUCAUCGACAUCUUCAAAGAAAGAAACAUCAGUGAAAGAUAAAAAGGAUAAGAAAAAGGAAGCCUCAUCUUCUUCUGAUAAAAACAAAAAUGCUGGAGAAGAUGUUUCAACCGAGUCACUAUUAACGGAGGUUUCAACAGAGAAAAAAGAGCCAGAGCCUAAUUUUGAAAUAUUAACAAAUCCUGCACGAAUUAUGAAGGCCCAACUGAAGGUAAUUUCACUAGACACGAGCAAAUACACCCCUGUGAAAGACUUAUCUCAUGGUGGUAUCAUCAUGCUUAAGAACAGCAAGCCAGAGGAACAGGAGGACAUUGUGGAGACAGUGCAAGCUGGUGGUCCCAAGGCAGAGGAUGAAGAGGAGGAGCCUGAGCCACCAGAGGCUUUUGAGUAUACCGAUGAUUGAUGAAUGACCUUGGCAUUAUAAUUAUGUUUUUUUUUUUCUUUGAAGUUUUUACUUUGAUACAGUAUAACCUCCUCGUUCUAUUUCACUAGUUAGGCAAUACACUUUGGUAAGCAUUUUAAAUCCCAUUGAUAGUCUAUUAAUCAUUUAUUCAACACAGUGCUUUAAGUUUUUAAACCUUUUGAGUUCUUAAUUCUGACAGUGUCAUUUAAAUUGAAGCAUCACUUUUUUAAAUGAUAAUUAUAUUACUGUGGUAAUUAACUUCAACAGGUAAAUAUUUUAGGGGGGGGGGGGGGGGGGAAUCAUAGUGCUAAGAGAAAAAAAGUUUACAUUUUUAAAAUUCUAAAAUUCAUUCUGUGCUUGAUAAUACCCACUCUAUGGUAUACAAAGUAGUGUUUUGUUUCCCUCUUCAGGCCUUUAGUAUUUUAAUUUCUACCUCUACAACUUUUAAAAUUUAGGUUCAAGUCAAUUUUUGAAACAAAGAGUUUAUAAAAAGUCUGGGGCAAAAGUACUUGAUCAUUUCUCUGUAUAUGACUGUUGUAUACAUGUUGGUUUAGAAUGGCUGUCAUUUCUGUCAAAUAAAUCUAUAACAUUACAA